AUGAGGGCAGUGGCGGCAAGGCCGCCCAGCUGGCAGCCAGACCUGAACCUUGACCUUGAUGCGCAGGAUGACCUCGGCGAGCACGGCGGCAAUGGCAGGUCGGCGUUUUUGCAGGAGCCAUUCGGUUCUGGCGGCAUCGUGUCGCACGUGUACGGGACCGCUCUCUCCCCGGUGCAUGAGGCCUUCUCCAGAUCCAACAGCACCGCGGACUGCACGGCGGGCCACAGGACUCCCGAGGCCUUCUCGAGCGUGGGCCACGCGGAUUCGGACUCCCUCGGCCUGGCGGGCAAGCCGCCUGACCUCCAGGAGCAGCAGGCUGCUUUCACCAUCCGCGUUGUCGGCCCUGAUGAGGCCUUGCGCGAGCCGCGGGAGCAGGCCAUCCCCGAGGCCGACGGCGAGCCCCUGGAGCACGCCGUCCGCGCCGUGGCCCCCGAGGCCGACCGCGAGCCUCGGGCGCAGGCCCUCUGCGACGAGGCCCCCGAGGCCGACCGCGAGCCGUGGGCGCAGGCUCUCCGCGCCGAGGCCCCCGAGGCCGACCGCGAGCCGCAGGACGACCCUCCCGGCCCCUGCGCGGCUCCGCCGGCGACCCACGCCGAGCUCGGGCGCCCGGAGGCCCCGCAGCAGCCGGCGUGCGGCAGCCCGCGGCCGUCGGGCACGGAGGGCCGGCUCCGGGCGGCGCGGGGCGCCGGGGGCGCGCAGGCGGCCCCGGGCCUGAGCCUGCUGGCCACGCUGUGGGUGGCCCUCUGGCUCGUGGCCGCGCUGGCGCCGAUGGUGGCGGCCGCGGCGCUGCAGCUGCGGCCGUACGGGCCGCUGCCGUGGGUCUCGAGCGAGACGGGGGACCUGGUGGUGCAGGUGAUGCAGCUGAGCUCCACCACCGCCACGGUGUGCCUGGGCCUGCUGACCUGGAGGUGGCUCCGCGCCCUGCAGCUGCGGGGCCACGGCCUCAGCGGGGGCCACCGGGGGAAGGCUGCGCUCCCCGACGUGGCCCUGCCUGUGGCCGCGCAGGGGCCAGAGCCCGAGGCACGCGGAAGGACGGAUGGCAGGAGCGAUACCAGCUUCUCCCACGGCCAUUCCAAAGAGUUGUCGUCGCCAUCCAAGGAGCGGGUUCCGUCCAAGGACACGGGCGCAAGCGCCAAGGACGUGCUGGAGCUGCGGCUGCCUCCCGCCGGCGAGCACCUGCAGAGCCUGAGGGUGCUGCCGGCGGAAGGCUGCGGCUCGGAGAACAGCCUGCUGUCGUACAGGAGGCCGUCCUUUUUCUCAGAGACGUGCGAGCUGAUGGUGGGGACCAGCACUGGCCAGGAGCUGGUCAAGGCAGGGGUCUCUGGCAUGGGUAAUGAGGAUAAGGAACACGUGCAGUUCCAGUCCAACGGCCUCCGCAUAGCGGACGCUCAGGCAACGAAGCUGAUCAAAGAACAGCAGGUCCUGCUCGCGGCCAUGAAGUCCGAGCUCGAGGACGCGAGGCGAGCAUUGCGCGCGCGCGACGACAUACGGGAGGAGCAGAAGGAGCUCCUGCGCGGCUUUCGCAAGAUUGUGACGAAGGACGUCCUCGACCCGAAGGGGGGCGCCCAGUCGCACGUGACGGUCUUCGUGGUGGAGGAGCAGCCGGAGCUGUCGGAGGAGAUGGCCGCCCUGUGUGCGGACCUGAACUACGAGUGCCAGCUGUUCAGCAACCCCGCGGAGGCCCUGGAAAGCAUGCGGGAGGUGGUCCGCAGAGCCGCCUCCCAGGCGCCCGAGAGCGACGCUCGCGGGCGCUGGAAGUCGCUCGCCAGGGCGACGAGGCCGAAGAAUAGGUUCCAGGACACCGUCGUCGCCGCGCUGAAGGCCGCGCGGGAGGCGCGGCGCUUCGCGAGAGUCGUCUUCCUGGGGGCUUCGCUGCUCGACAGGCUGCCGCCGGAGUGGGAGAGAGAGGAACUGCACGUGGCCCUCAUCAGCGAGCCCGAGGAUUACGAGGAGGUGGGGCGUGGGCUCAUGGCGUCUGGGGAGACCGAGGUGCGCGAGCGCCUGCGCAAGCUGGGCAUCCACGAGUACCUUCUGCACCCCGUCUCCAUAGAGGCGUUUCAGGGGGUGGUCCGCGAGGGGGUGCGCCGCCAUUUCGCGGACGAGUACCUGCUGAUGAAGCAGCUCGGGCGCGGUGCGUACGGCGUCGUGUACCAGGCAAAGCGCCUCCGUGACGGUGAGAUCUUCGCCCUCAAGGAGAUCAACGUGCGCAGGCUGGGCUCGACCGACUCCGGCAGUGUAAAGGCGGAGGCGGAGCUGCUGCAGUCGCUGAGGUGGCCCACGGUGCUCUUCCUGGUGGACUUCUGGUCGAACACCGACGCCCAGCUGUACUACCUGCUGAUGCCCCUGAUCGAGGGAGGCACCCUGCAGGACAAGCUGGAGCAGAUGUCCGAGAAGAGCGACGCCGCCGUCGCUUCCCUCGAGCGGGUGAUUGAGUGGCUCAUGCAGACGAUGCACGGCCUCAGCUACUUGCACUGGCAGGGCAUCUUGCACCGCGACCUCAAGCCUGGGAACCUGCUGCUGGGGCUGGGCGGCCGCGCACUGCGCAUCGCCGACUUUGGCAGCGCGGAGCGCCUGCCUGGCUCGGGGCCGCACCCGAAGCGGGGCGCGAGCGUGAAGGGACAGGUCACGACGCCGCUCUACGCCAGCCCGGAGGUGCGCGCGAGGGAGACCUACUAUGCGGCCUCCGACUGCUGGGCGGUGGGCGCCACUUUCUACCAGGUGGCCACUGUGCUGCCUGGAGAGGCCCUGCCAGACGAGCUGGGGACGCUCACGCAGGCCGUCGGCGUCGCGGAUCGCACGGGCUACCUCAGCAACGGCUGCAGGCCGAGCGCCGCGAGCCCCGAGGGAGGCGGCGGCACCCAGAAGGCGACCGCCGCGUACGCCAGCAGCAGCUACUCCUCCAGCAACCGGAGCGUCACGAAGACGAACUCGAACGGGGCGGCGCGCGGUCCUGUCGGCGGGCAGCUGUUUGCCAGCAGCAGCUUCGCCAGCAGCGGCAACGGCGCGGGCAUGAGCUCCAACGGGCCGGCGCGUGGGCCCGUCGUCGGCCAGCAGUUCGCCAGCAACGGUUUCACCAGCAACUCGCGAAGGUUCGGCAGCAGCGCCCUCGCUGGCCAGGUCGCCUACCCGCUGGAGCGGGAGGUGGCGAACGCCAACAUCACUCCUGAGCAGGCCGCCAGGUCCAUCGCCAAGGGCGUGGCGGCAAGGGCCCUCCGGAAGUCCAUCACGAACCGCGAGGCCACGCUGCCCGACGACGCCCUGGAGCACCACCCCGAGGAGCGGGCCAGCCAGGUGGAGGCGCUCGCCGGGGACCUGUCGCGGCUGCUCAAGAAAGACCCCAUGAGGCGCGCGCGCGCGGCGGAGUUGGCGGGCCGCGACGCCACCGUCCAGAACCUCCGGGUCGUCCUGGCCGACGUCGGCGCCUUCCCGGAGCAGAUCCUCCAGGGCGCGCACUUCAAGGAGUUCGACCGCGUCAUCUCCGACUCCGCCGCCGCCGCCGCCGUGCCGCUGCCCAAGAAGAAGGCGAAGGCCGCGGCGAAGAAGAGGCCGAGCCCCCAGGCUGGCGGCGCAGCGCCCGCCGCCGCCGCCGCGGCGCCCGGGCAGGGCCCUGCCGAGGGCGCUGCCGAGGGCGCUGCCGAGGGCGCUGCCGAGGGCGCCUCGGCCGGCGCCGCCAGCGCUGGCAGCGGGCAGACGAGCGCUGGCGCCGGCGCCGAGCAGCGCCUGGGCGCGGCAGAGCAGGCCGCGCGGAUGGCGAGCUCGGCCUCCGGCGUGGUGGCCCUCUGA